AUGGCAGGACAAAGUGGCAACGAUACCGACCAGGCGAUGACAGAAAAGAAGACACUCGACGCUACCGUCAAGGCGAAGAUAAAAGAAUAUACGAACACAGCGUUCAAACAAGACUUCGAUAAGUGGACUUUGAAUAACUUCAAUACCGUGUCCGUCAUCGAACUCGGGAAACUAGUUGAUUUGCUUCAAACUAACGGUGUAUAUGUUACCAACGAUGAACAGGAUGAUGAAGCUAAAAAACUCUAUACUCUACUCUCUACAGAAAAAUAUCACCCAUGGACUAAGGAGGAAGUCAUUCGCCACCUCAGACGAGGCAAUACAAUUGAGUUGAAGGUGCUCAAUGAUUAA